AUGACAUCCAUGAUUCCUUUGCAAACCAUCCUUCCCACUGUUACAAUUUCCAACAACCAUAAACUCUCAUUUGGAGGCACAACAAGUUUAUCAUGUAACAAGAUUCAUAAUAAUCACAAGAACAGAUCCUCAUCUAUUGUUGUUUCAGCAGUUGGUGAUGUAUCUUCUGAUAGCACCAUUUUUCUUGUUACCGGUGCUAUAGGAAUUGCUCUCCUUGGAACUGCAUUUCCCAUAAUCUUCUCUCGUAAAGACACAUGCCCUGAAUGUGAUGGAGCAGGGUUUGUUAGGAAAAGUGGAGUGACAUUGAGAGCAAAUGCAGCAAGAAAGGAUCAAACUCAGAUUGUUUGUGCUCGUUGCGAUGGUUUGGGAAAGCUUAACCAAGUUGACAAAUAG